UAUUUAAAAAAAACGAAGGGAGUAUUUUAUACGAUUAGUACUUUAAAAUCAAUUAAGAUAGUUGACAUCUCGACGUCUAAUAAAUCAAAGUCGUUCACACAUAUCUGUUUCCUUACCUCCCCUUUAUUAUAAAUACAAACACCCCCUUUCCUUCACUCUUUCACUCUCUAUCCCCUCUCUCUACAAAAUGAAGAGUAACUUCAUUUCAAGUAUUCUUCUUCUCCUUCUUGUGGCAAAUGUUGUUAUACUCGUAACGAACGCGUGCGACGAGGAGUUAUCGAGUGCGGUACAACACAGGAAUCGCAAGCCGAAGAGAAGAGGGCGGAGAAACGGCUGUAACAUCUUCAAAGGAAGUUGGGUUUAUGAUAGAUCAUACCCAUUGUAUGAUACAAAUAGUUGUCCAUUUAUUGGAGAUGGAUUUAAUUGCCAAAAGAAUGGAAGACCUGAUAAAGAUUAUCUUAAGUAUAGAUGGCAGCCUUAUGGUUGUAAUCUUCAAAGGUUCGAUGGACGAGCUUUAUUAGAGAAAUGGAGGGGCAAAACGAUAAUGUUUGUUGGAGAAUCAUUAAGCUUCAAUCAAUGGGAAUCACUUACGUGCAUGCUUCAUAGCGCGGUGCCUCUAUCCAAGUACACCAUUGUCACUAGAGGUUCUCUCUCUGUUUUCUCUUUUCCGGAAUAUGAUACUUCAAUCAUGAUGUUGAAAAAUGGAUUUUUGGUGGAUGUUGUGACUGAAAAAUUUGGACGAGUACUCAAGCUGGAUUCUAUUAGUUCCGGCUCUACUUGGUUAUGGGCUGAUGUACUUAUUUUCAAUUCCUACCACUGGUGGAGUCACAGAUGGGAAUACUUCAUGGUGGGAGGCAAGAUUAUCAAAAACAUCGACCAUAUGAAAGCGUACAAUAUUGCAUUGAGAACAUGGGCUAAAUGGGUUGAUGAUAACAUCGACUCUAGAAAGACUCAAGUUUUCUUCCAAGGAGUUUCAGCUGCUCAUAUUAAUGGAAGCGAAUGGGGAGAGCCAAGAGCAAAGUUUUGUCGCAAAGAAACUCGACCGGUGUUAGGAUCAGUGUAUCCAGGUGGUAGUCAUCCGGGUGAAGUGAUUGUGAGGAAGGUUUUGAGUAGAAUGAAGAAGCCUGUUCAUUUGCUCGACAUAACCCUUCUCACUCAGUUGAGAAAAGAUGGACACCCUGCAAUUUACGCUGGUGGUGGUCCUAAAUUACUUGAUUGUAGUCAUUGGUGUCUUCCUGGUGUUCCUGAUACUUGGAACCAACUUUUGUAUUCAAUUUUGUUCCGACAAUGAAUUCAACAAACAAAAACAAUGAAUUUUAUUUUUUAAACA